AUGAGCUUUCGACGUGCUUCGACACGUACUAAACCGCCCAAAGCAACGAUAAAAAUCCUUUGUGUCGGUGAUGGCUCGAUUGGAAAAACAUGUUUAUUGACUGUAUUCGCUACAAAUGAGUUUCCAACGACUUACGAACCAACUGUGUUUGAUAAUUUCGCAUGUGUCAUGCAUCGAAAUGCCAAUACAUCAUAUAACCUCGAACUAUUCGAUACGGCUGGCCAAGAAGAAUGGGAACAGUUACGUCGAAUGAUGUAUGCUAAUACCGAUGUAUUUUUGGUAUGUUAUUCAUGCAUGCAACCGUCAUCAUUCGAUAACAUCGAAAAGAAAUGGAUGCCCGAUGUUCGUAGUCAUGAUCCAUCCAGUCUCGUUAUUCUUGUUUCACUUUGUAUCGAUUUACGUACUCAAAAUAACUCGUUGAAUCCUCCGCCUGAUCUCAUAUCUCCAUCGAUGAUAACAACUCGACAGGGUGCAGAACUAGCCAAACGUUUAAAAUGCAAUGCUUUUGUUGAAUGUUCAUCAAUGCUGCGUUUUCACGUCCGAGAAGUGUUUGAAUGCGCCAUUGACGUGUUCGAACGCGAUUAUCAACUGUUUUCGGAGGAGCAUUGUAAUGAUCAUCGUCAAUGUCGCACUUGGCUGUGUUGCUUAAUGUGCUGUUCAUCGAAAAAAGCGAAAGAAGCGAGAAAGAAAUUUGACAAGUCAGAUCAAUAUUCUCAUAAAUCAGAAUAA